AUGAUCACUUACAAAAGCAUUGUAGAUUUGAAAGUAUUAAAAGCAUUAAAUAUGGAUAGAGAAGACACUCCAGAUAAAACGAGAGAAGAAAUAGAAAAAAAUUAUAAUGCAUUAAAGUCAAGUCUUAGUGUAGAAGACAUGAAAACUGAGUAUGAUCACUACAAGAAAGAACUGAAUGAAAUCAGUAAAAUCUACACUGAAGUAUCCGAGAUUGGACAGGAAGUACUAAAGUGGAAAACUGCUUUUAAGGCAAAUAGUAAUAAUGAUGAUGAUAAUGAAGAUAAUCCUUUUUGGGUACCAGGUGAAAAAUCAACCAUUUCCCAAGACCAACUUUCUUCUGAUAAUAAUCCUUUUUUGAUAUCAGGAUCCAAUGAUGAAUUUGAAAUAGUAGCAAAGUUAGGGAAUUUAGAUGAGAUAGAUAAAGUUGAAAUCAUGUAUUUAUCCACAAAAGAAAACCUUGCAACUGUUAGAAAAGAGCAGAGGGAACAAAUG